AAGAGUGUCAGAAGUGUAAUUUACACCUUCUUUUUCCUCAACAAAGCGCAUUAGGUUUCAGACCAAGGAGCUUGAUUGCGUUGCACAUGGCGGCACCGGCAGAGAUGGUGACGGGCGAAGGAGGCAAUGAAUCAACGCAGAAAAGUGUAAGGAUAUAUGUUGGUGGUUUAGGCGAAAGUGUGACGGCUGAGGAUUUGAAGAAGACAUUCUCAACACCACAACUCGGAAAAGUGGAAUCUAUGGACAUUGUUCGAACCAAAGGCCGCAGCUUUGCUUACUUGGAUUUACUUCCUUCUUCCGACAAAUCCCUACCCAAACUUUUCAGCACGUAUAAUGGAUGCAUGUGGAAAGGUGGGAGGCUUAGAAUAGAGAAGGCAAAGGAACACUUUUUUCUUCGUAUGAAACGUGAGUGGGAAGAAGAUGCUACACUUGCCACUACUUCGACCCAUCUUCCUGUUACUGAAGCUGAAAGGACGGACUCCCUGAAAAGUCAGAAGAAAGGCUCCAAAUUGGAUGAAGCGCAAAUUCGGAUUUACUUCCCAAAAUUAGGAAAGAUUAAACCAGUGUCUCUUAGAGGAACUGGCAAGCAUAAAUACAGUUUUCAGCGAGUGGAAGUUCCUUCCUUACCUAUCCAUUUUUGUGAUUGUGAAGAACACUCUGGUACUACUCAUACGGACAAGCAAAAAUCACUUUGUAAUUAUGACUCAAAGGAUGGUGGAAUGGAUGAGAAAGAGCUGAACAUUAUGAAUUCAGUGUUGAACAGAAUUUUUGAGAGGGAGAACUAUUCUGAGAAAACCCCUAGGGAUUUUAAAUUAUCUAAGAAAGUUCAAAGCUCAAAUGGUACAGUUGAUCAUUUGCAGAAUGAAAAGAAUCUAGUCAACCAAGAAAUGGUAGAUGAUGAUAACCUCAUUCUCAAUGUGGUGGUUGGUGCAAACGAUAGAAUGAUUAUGGUAAAAGAUCCAAUCCAGGAAGCAAUGACAGCUAUUCAGGCUAAUGAAGAUUUUGUUGACCAAGAAAUGGAUGACGAUGAUGACAACCUUAUUAUCAAUGUAGUGGCCGGUGCAAAGGAUAGAAACACUAUGUUCAAAGAUCCAACCCUGGAAGCAAUUGCAGCUAUUCAGGAAUCACGACUUGCUACGGAUAAACAAAAGCAAGGAAAGAUGAUGCCCUCAAACAGAAAGCGUAAAGCACCUUCAGAGGUUAAAGAUGGUGAGGCACAUACGUUGUUGUCUAAAGCUGAAGCAAAGCAGAGUUUGGAAGUCACACGAGAUAGCCAACUAUUAAAUAGAAGUGCCAAAUUGCCAAAGAAGUCUCCAUGGAAAGAUCUUGUUAGUGCUAGUAGUGGUGCUUCAUUCAGUGUAUUGGAUAUUUUGCCGAGUGCUAUUCCUGGUAAAGAGAUGCAGUCUGGCUCUGAUGGUGUUAGUGAGUUCUCUUCCGACGAAAAAGAUGAAGUAACAAACGAUGAGAAAGUAUCAGAUCACCUUGAAGAGCCGGAUAAAGUUGAAUCUGAAGAUGAAGUAUCAAAUGAUGAGGAAGUAUCAGAUCAGCAUGAAGAGCUGGAUAAAGUUGAAUCUGAAGAUGAAGUAUCAAACAACGAGGAAGUAUCAGAUCAGCAUGAAGAGCUGGAUAAAGUUGAAUCUGAAGAUGAAGUAUCAAACGAUGAGAAAGUAUUUGAUCAGCAUGAAGAGCUGGAUAAAGUUGAAUCUGAAGAUGAAGUAUCAAAUGACGAGAAAGCAUCAGAUCAGCAUGAAGAGCUGGAUAAAGUUGAAUAUGAAGAGAAAGUAUCAGAUCAGCACGAAGAGCUGGAUAAAGUUGAAUAUGAAGAGAAAGUAUCAGAUCAGCACGAGGAGCUGGAUAAAAUUGCCACUGACAAUAGCCCUGUAGAUAUUUAUGUCAGAGGUGCUGCAUGGCGACAAAAAUCUUCAUGGACAGAAUUGGUUCGUGAUGCCACUAGAAGUUCUUUCAGCAUUUCGCAAAUUUUGCCUGGUCUAAGUCUUCCAAAACCAGAGUUGCCAGUGAUAGGAGAGACCGGAAAAGCACAAAAAUCUAACAGCAUGGAUAAAAGUGAUUCGCAAGAUGUUUCUGUUGAGGAGCAGAAUAAUGUUCAUUUCAGUAAAGUGCUUCCAGUGUUGGACAACUAUCAGCAGAAAGAAACAAAGAAGAAUGAAGCCAGUGCUCCAACCCCCGAAAAGGAACAUGUAUCUGCAUCAAAACAAGCACUUGUAGGAGAUACUAACUACAACGAAACUUGUUCUUUCAUGAAGAGUGCUGCUUCAAUGAAGGAGUGGACGAAAACAAAAGCAGCACUAAGUGGGUCAUUCAAGAAGAAGACUAAUGAGAAGUAGUGGAUACUUCAGAAUAGCUUCAUGUAAGAUAUGACGGCUUCAAGUUACAUAAACGAUCCAAUUCCCUUUUCAUUUAGGUGCAUAAUUCUCAUUUCAGAAUCAGUUGUGCCAUUCUUGAAUCUGUAUUUCUCCAUUUUGAAGAUUAUACAUGGACAUCCUUCUGUUUGUAGCCCUGUGUUGUAAGGUGGCAGGCUUACUUGCAAAGUUGUAACUGAACAUGCUUUGAAUUUGAAAACCAGAAAAAUUGGUAUUGUUAAACACAA